AUGUCAGAUUAUAGUGUGUAGAUAUAUAUUACUAAAUCAUACUCAUUAUGUAACAAAAAUAUUUUGUAAAAUAUAUUAUUUUACACUAAAAUACAUUUCCUAAAACAGCCUUUGACAGGCGGAACGAACAACGCUUAGGUGUAAUAUUGGGGACCGGAAAAUGGAUGCACCAGGUUAAAUGUGAAGGGGACCAGCAUAUUUGCUGUGUGUGUGUUAAUAUGGCACCAGGCUUUAGAAUGAAAUGUGGACUUUUAAACAGGAUUUUAUUUUGCACUAAAAUAUGUCCACAUAUCGCACGUCCUCCAACACGUACAGAGGUCAUGUGCUUGAGAGCGUCAACACAUUCAGCCUCACAACACAACGAGAAAUACUGUAUUGAUCUUGUAAGAUUGCGUGAUUAUGAAGGGUUUAUGAGUUCUUUGCUUCUUCCGGAGGCUGCUCGUCGCUCCUCUUUAGCUCUGAGGGCUUUUAAUGUGGAACUGGCACAGGCAGGUAAAGGACUCUGUGUCUCAGAAGACCAUUGGUCUGAUGCGAAUGCAGUUUUGGAAGACCGCAGUGGAGGACAUUUACAGAGAUGAGCCUCCGGUGCAGCCUGUUAGUGCAGAACUGUGGAGGGCGGUGAGGAAACAUAAACUGACUAGAAGGUGGCUGUUGAGAAUCAUAGCUGAAAGAGAAAAGGAUAUGGACGACAGAGCAUACAAGAAUCUUCAGGAGCUGGAGUCAUAUUCAGAGAACACCCAGUCGUCUCUCCUCUACCUCCUGCUGGAGACUUUAGGAGUGAAAGAUGUCCAUGCAGAUCAUGCUGCCAGCCAUAUCGGUAAAGCACAUGGAAUUGUGACAUGUCUGCGAGCCACACCGUACCACAGCCAGAGACGCAGGGUCUAUCUCCCCAUGGACAUCUGCAUGCUGCAUGGCGUCUCUCAAGAGGACUUCAUCCGUGGCAGCAGGGAGCAGAAUGUCAGGGAUGUUGUGUAUGACAUUGCCAGUCAAGCUCAUGUUCAUCUCCAACACGCAAGAUCAUUCAGUAAAACUGUUCCGGAUGCUGCCAUGCCUGCUUUCCUUCAAACGGUUGCUAUUGAUGAUUUCCUGGAGAGAGUGAGGAAAGUAGACUUCAACGUUUUCCACCCCAGCCUCCAGAGAAGGAAUCCACUGAUGCCCAUUCAACUUUAUUUCCGAUCAUGGAAAAAGAAAUACUGAUGUUUCAUCAGAAGUAGCUCCUCUAAUUUACAUGGUUAUAUUCUUCCUACCACUGCAAAGCCACACACUGACUUCCUGUGGUAUAGGAAAUAUCUAUAUAGAUGUAAAACAGCAACGAAUAAAAAAAUUUUUUUUCUUUAGACAACAUUAAAAAUAAUUUAAUCUUUGCACUGCAAAGAAAUUCAUUAACAAUCCAAAUUAGUAAUGACAACAGGAUAAUAAUAUACAGUGCUGUAUCUGCCCUGUCUGUGACAAUGAACUGUUUGAUAUUCAACACAAAAUGUUUGUCUAAAUUACACAGUACAGAGAAGACUCCAAAGUUCAUGCACCUCUGAGAAAUUAAGCAUAGUUUGUACAGUAAACAGGUUUUGAAAUGUU